GGGUUUAUGACCUAAAGUCCGUUGCGUUCGACGGGUUUGUCAUACCGUGAUGUUAGCCUUGUGUUUCUCUUCAAGCUGCCACACAAUUUCAAGAUGCAGGAAAAGCCGGAAAGUAAGAGCCAGCUUGCCUCUUUCCAGUAUCUAGUUGAACAACCUUCCUAUGCCCAUGAAUGGCCGUACUGGAUCUUCGAUGACGUCCCGAAGGGGACAAAACGUGGAAACCUUGUAAUAAAAAAUGGCCCCGAGCAAUUCGUUGAAGAUGUCCGUAAUUCAGAGGAAGAGUUUCAUUUGGACGUACAGGGCUUCACCUUCAAGGAGAAUAGUUUUUCGGAACCCAUUGAAUGGAACAGACGGGAAGAUAUUGAACAAAAAUAUAUCCCUAGCGUUAAGGCUCUCCUGAAGGAUGUUCUAGGGGAAGAUAUCGUUUAUUGCGAGUCAAUUUGCUAUCGCCUGCGGGAUGGUGCUUCUGGUCAGGUUCUAAGAGAAGACGAGCAAUAUCAACCAACCAUGACCUACAUCUCUCCUGCAUUUCAACUCCACGUCGACUACAGCGCAUUGGAAGCUUUCAAACGAAUGCAGAAUGUGUUCGGUGAACAAGCAGACGAGCUUGUUGCUAAACAUCGUCUGCGCUUGAUUAACGUCUGGAGGCCCCUGGUCGAUGUCGUCGAAGACCUACCCCUCGCCAUCUGUGAUGCUCGGCAUGCGAACCCCGAAGAUCUGAUCGAAGUGGCGUUUAUCGAUGGCGGGAUCGCUCGUUAUAAUUAUAUGGGCAGGUACAGUGAUAAUUAUCGCUUCUGCUAUCUUAGCAACAUGCACCGAGAUGAAGUAUGUAUUCUUAAGAAUUUCGACUCUCGGGACGGUGUUGCAAAGAGAGCUCCGCACUGUUCGUUCAAGUCCAAAUUUGCCUCGCCCAAGUCCAGCACACGGCAAAGCGUCGAGGUCAGGCUGCUCGUUCUAUCAAACCCUGCUUAGACAAGGCGUAAUCAGGGCUAUGUCCUAAGCUCUACUUUGGUCAUUCAGAGGCUGGUAAUUAUGUUUAUCAUGUGUCGAAGUGGAUGUCACUGUCCGAUUUACUAGACCAAUCAAUCCAUUGUAUAGGGCGAAAUGGAUUGACUUAGGUAUAUUUAUGAAAAACAAAUCAAAUCAAGGCUGAUAUUGAGUCUGAUUACGUAUUGACUCAUGCACCACACUGAGCUGGGGCUAAGAACAAAUCCUGCAAAAG